CGCCACACUUCUAAUAGCUUCCCCCAAGAUCAUGGCUGACGCUGCGGCGAGCUUAGCUUCUUGUUUCACUUUUGACGACAUUUCACAGGCUUCUACACGCACCAAUGGAUCUGAUAAGUCACCCGUUCUCAAAUUAAUCAAGGAAAGUCACACCAAGGGUUACGACUUUGUUUGUCUUCCUCUGACUACCCCAAAAUGGAGAGAGCGAUGGAGAAAUAUGUGCAUCGUGCCAUCAGCAAGUGCAGAUGACACUGAUGAAACUGCCACUGCAGAACAGCAGGCAGAGGCAUGGAGGAAAGCACCAUCUUUCCUGCAUGAGGAGGUGACCAUCUCGAGACUUGAUGAGGCGGUGCCUGUACUUGUGAUAGGUGCAUUGCAUCAGGAAGUGGCCUACGCGUCAUACCUCAAUGUUCAGACGGUCAUCUUGCCUCCACCGAGGCAUCGAUCGCAUGUCGCAUCAUAUGCGCGCGCCUUAAAUGAAUGCCUCAAAAGUACCACUUAUAUGAACUUUUCAAUACGCCUUCCUAUCUACGAUCCCGCCGUUUUUCAACCGAAGGAAUCAUCACCCAUUCAUACUUCCACGCAGAGCACAUCGUCGACCCCGUCCGCACCCUCAACACCAAAAAUUGUCAUACCGCGCGCUUCCACGCCAAAGUCCUUGAAGGCCGCCCGAGCACCCGAAGGAGAGUUAAAUGCAACUUGGGAGAUGUGGGACAUAAUACGUACAUUGUGUGACUACAACACGCGACUGACGCUCACGCUCGAUCUCACCCCCCCAUUACCUUCUAAUGCCGGCAUUCUGAACAGAUGGAUGGCUGAACCCGUUCAACAUAUAUUCCUCCCCGCGUCCACGUUUAUCGCGAAUGUGAAGGGCUACCCUGUCCUUCCCAAGGGUACCCAAUCUUUUCUACGGAAUAGUAUGGCGCAUCACCCUAUUAUCAUUAUGUCAGAGGUAAGUUCGGGCCUACAUACCAAAGGCGGCGAAUCAGCGUACGCGCAAUAUGUACGACAUGUCGAGAAGACCAGCUCGGCUAUUCAGGCAGCAAUGACGGCAGGGACAGUUGAGCACUUCGCUCAGGGAUAUCAAGACUUCCUCCAGAACCCCCUGCAGCCGCUGAUGGAUAACCUCCAGAGCAUUACGUACCAAACAUUCGAACAGGACCCUGUGAAAUAUCGCAAUUAUGAAGAAGCCGUGUAUCACGCGUUGAUGGACUGGCCUGAUAGCGAUCGCAUGCUGCAGGGCCGGAAACAGAAGGAGUGGGGUGACUCUGUUCAGCUGUUCUUUGGAGACAUGCGGCACGUAGACCUUCCUGAGCAAGUGGACAUCCUCAUCAGUGAACUACUUGGUUCGUUCGGCGAUAACGAGCUAAGUCCGGAGUGCCUAGACGGCGCAAUGAGGUUUUUGAAACCUGAUGGCAUCUCUAUCCCGUCAUCGUACAGCGCUCAUCUCGCACCGUUAUCUUCAUCGAAGUUGUACAAUAACGCGCGGAUCAACAGAGACAUCAAAGGCAUGGAAACACCAUACGUGGUGAUGUUUCAGAACGUCAACAUCCUGAGCGGAGAUGGUGGAGGAAUAUCAGGCCGCUGCGGGCGCAAGAUCCAACUGUGCUGGGAAUUCGAGCAUCCACGAAAAGAUGCGACCGUCGAUGAGCGAGGCUUACCGCUGACCAAUAGUCACAAUGUCCGCUCAGCCAAGUUGUCGUUCCAUAUUCCUCAUGCAGGGGUUAUGCACGGGCUUGCAGGUUAUUUUGAAGCCGUCCUCUAUGGGCAUGUUGGCCUCAGCAUUCACCCACACAGCAAAGAUCGGGUGUCAAAAGACAUGCUGAGCUGGUUUCCACUCUUCUUCCCAUUCAAAGAACCGCUGUACCUACCUAGCAACUCGGAACUGCAAGUAUCACUCUGGCGACUUACAAAUGAGCGGCAGGUAUGGUACGAGUGGUACGCCGAGUCGUUUUUACCUGUCUUCAAUGCUCCAUCGUCACCCGAGCACUCUGAUGAUGCAUCUGGAGAUGGGUCCUUCUUUGCGUGUGCUUCGACACAUGUUGCGGUGCCGAGCCCUGUGAUCGACGCUGUCGAUGCAUUUCCAUCUUUAGAGCGUUCUGAGAUUCGCAAGAGUGGUGAAGAACUCCCGAGGUCUACCGCGGGUGUCAUUAAAAUUGGGCAGACUUCGCUGCACAAUCCUGGGGGACGUAGUAGUUGGAUCGGUUUAUGAUGAACAUUUUACUGCCUGUAUGCACAUGGUGGCUCUCAGGAUUGUCUUUGCCCUAAAAUAGCUGUUGUAAUGCCAUGACGGCAGUCCUUGAAGUAUUCUGUCUCACUACUUAUUUAAAGUUAAACCAUGGUUGCAAUUGCUGCUCCACAAAGUCUCACAAACGCCUUGUAGAACUAUAGCCUCGACGAGUUAAUUGUAUUCAAAAUAUGCAGUCUGGUGCC